UAAAAAGGCAAUUUUCAACAGUUUUAACAUAAUGUUUGAAAGAAGAGACAAGACACAUUACAAAAAGGAAGCACAAUGAGGGGACGUAUGUUACUUGCUGUUUUUGUUGUAUUGGCCGCAUUGAUUUCAGUGGAAUCAGCUAAAUGCGGUUCAAGAGAUUACAACCCAAGAUUCUACACCUGUUGUAACGGCAGCCUAACUUUCGGAAGCGAACAGUCCUGUUGUGGAACAAGAGUUUACAUCAACAGAGUCUACACAUGUUGUGCGGGUAAACUCAUUGUUGGAAGCGGACAGUCCUGUUGUGGAACAAGAGUUUACAACAAAGGAUUCUACACAUGUUGUGCGGGUCAACUCAUUGUAGGAAGCGGACAGUCCUGUUGUGGAACAAGAGUUUACAACCAGAGAUUCUACACAUGUUGUGCGGGUAAACCCACUUUUGGAAGCGGACAGUCCUGUUGUGGAACAAAAGCUUACAAUCACAGUUUCUACACAUGUUGUGCGGAUAAACUCACGUUUGGAAGCGGACAGUCCUGUUGUGGAACAAGAGCUUACAACCGCAGAUUUUCUUCUUGUUGUCGUGGAGUACUUCGUUUUGGAAAAUGUUAUUGAUCUGAGUCUUUUUUGUAUAUAUUUUACAUAUCAAAAUGCCAUAUUGACUUUAACUCACAAUUUUUGUUCGGUCCAAAAUGCUAGAAGCUUAAAGUAUGCAUUCAAUGCUUAUCCAGCAAGGCAACCAUAAAACGAAUCACCUCAAAUGAUUCAUCAAAAUGUUGAUGAAUGUGAGCCGUUCGUACAUAUUCCCUGAUUUUUCAGUGAUAUAAACGGAUUAAAAACAAUUUAGAUGGUUUAUUCCUGUGUAUUACAUUCAGGUAGAUUGGAUAUUUUUCUACAAUGAAUAAAAUUCUUGAUUGAACACUGAUGUUUCUCAAAUUACACGCUUUUUAAAAACUUAUUCGACUAAUUAAAUAUGUUGAUCAAUGUGCUGGAUGUGUUCGAAACUGAUUUUGAAAAGCAACGAUAAUGGGAGUCUAUGUUAAAAGCACUAUAAAAUGAUAAUUAUGAUCACGUUUAAGAAAAAUAUAUACGUCAGAUUUCAACAGUAAAACCUGUUGUAGUUUCGUUCUUCUUCUAUCAUGUUGUCAAAUAAAUGUUUUAUGUACAUGUAUGUAUGCUUUAUAAAUAAAGAGAUCUCGGACUUUUA